GCCCGGUACCUGCUCCUCCAACAGCAGCUUCCAGUCCUCUUUGUAUGCGGCAGACAUGGCCAGCCAGCAGGAUUCCGGCUUCUUUGAAAUCAGUAUCAAAUAUUUACUGAAAUCCUGGAGUAACGCUUCACCCGUCGGCAACGGCUACAUCAAGCCUCCAGUUCCACCUGCUUCGGGUACACACAGGGAGAAAGGACCACCGACCAUGCUGCCCAUCAAUGUGGACCCAGACAGCAAACCAGGAGAGUACGUCCUCAAGAGUUUAUUUGUCAACUUCACCACUCAGGCAGAGCGGAAGAUUCGCAUCAUUAUGGCAGAGCCUCUGGAAAAGCCACUGACAAAAUCUCUGCAGCGUGGAGAAGACCCCCAGUUUGAUCAGGUCAUCAGCUCCAUGAGCUCCCUCUCUGAGUACUGCCUGCCUUCCAUCCUGCGGACGCUGUUUGAUUGGUACAAGAGGCAAAACGGCAUCGAGGACGAAUCACACGAAUACAGACCGAGAACGAGCAAUAAGUCCAAAAGUGAUGAACAGCAGCGAGACUAUUUAAUGGAAAGACGGGACCUCGCCAUUGACUUUAUUUUUUCAUUAGUGUUAAUAGAAGUUUUGAAACAGAUUCCCCUUCAUCCUGUAAUAGACAGCUUAAUACAUGAUAUUAUCAACCUGGCUUUCAAACACUUUAAAUACAAAGAAGGGUACCUGGGUCCCAAUACUGGCAAUAUGCACAUUGUGGCGGAUCUGUAUGCAGAGGUCAUUGGAGUACUGGCCCAAGCCAAGUUCCCGGCUGUCAAGAAGAAGUUCAUGGCAGAGUUGAAGGAGCUGCGGCACAAAGAGCAGAGCCCCUACGUGGUGCAGAGCAUCAUCAGCUUGAUCAUGGGGAUGAAAUUCUUCAGGAUUAAGAUGUACCCAGUGGAGGACUUCGAGGCGUCCCUCCAAUUUAUGCAGGAAUGUGCCCAUUAUUUUCUGGAGGUUAAAGACAAGGACGUCAAGCAUGCCUUGGCUGGGCUCUUUGUGGAAAUCCUCGUCCCCGUGGCUGCUGCUGUGAAAAAUGAAGUCAACGUCCCCUGCCUCAGGAACUUCGUGGAGAGCCUCUACGACACCACGUUGGAACUCUCCUCUCGGAAAAAGCAUUCCCUGGCCUUAUACCCCCUGGUGACCUGUCUUCUCUGUGUCAGUCAGAAGCAGCUGUUCCUGAACAGAUGGCACGUUUUCCUCAGCAACUGCUUGUCCAAUCUCAAGAACAAAGACCCCAAAAUGGCUCGAGUUGCCUUGGAAUCUCUCUACAGAUUACUCUGGGUUUACAUGAUUCGAAUCAAAUGUGAAAGCAACACCGCAACUCAGAGCCGACUCAUAACCAUCACCACCACGCUUUUCCCCAAAGGGUCCCGCGGCGUGGUGCCCAGGGAUAUGCCUCUGAAUAUCUUUGUGAAGAUUAUCCAGUUCAUUGCCCAGGAGCGUCUGGACUUUGCAAUGAAGGAAAUCAUUUUUGACUUUCUUUGCGUGGGAAAACCAGCCAAGGCUUUCAGCCUCAACCCAGAGAGAAUGAACAUCGGUUUGCGGGCGUUCUUGGUGAUUGCUGACAGCUUACAACAGAAGGAUGGUGAGCCGCCCAUGCCGGUCACAGGAGCUGUGCUCCCGUCCGGAAACACCCUGAGAGUAAAGAAAACGUAUUUGAGUAAGACGCUGACUGAGGAGGAAGCCAAAAUGAUAGGAAUGUCCUUGUAUUACUCCCAAGUCCGCAAGGCCGUAGGCAACAUCCUAAGGCACCUUGAUAAAGAAGUGGGACGAUGUAUGAUGCUCACCAAUGUCCAGAUGCUGAACAAAGAGCCGGAAGACAUGAUCACGGGUGAAAGAAAGCCAAAAAUCGAUCUCUUCAGGACCUGCGUCGCUGCGAUUCCUCGGCUGCUGCCCGAUGGGAUGUCCAAACUUGAACUUAUUGACUUGCUGGCCAGGCUCUUCGGUUUCACUAACUUCCUGCUCCGGGAAGUCAACGACAUGCAUCACACCCUCCUCGAUUCCUCCCUCAAGCUGCUCCUGCAGCUGCUCACCCAGUGGAAACUGGUUAUCCAAACGCAAGGAAGAGGCUACGAACAAGCCAACAAGAUCAGAAACUCAGAGCUCAUUCCCAACGGCUCCAGCCACAGGAUGCCGUCGGAGCGUGGUCCCCACUGCAGCGUCCUCCACGCUGUGGAAGGCUUUGCUCUUGUCCUGCUCUGCAGCUUCCAGGUGGCCACGCGCAAACUGUCCGUGCUGAUACUCAAGGAGAUCCGAGCUCUCUUCCAUGCCCUGGGUCAGCCUGAGGACGAUGACAGGCCGAUGAUUGAUGUCAUGGAUCAACUAAGUUCUUCCAUUCUUGAAAGUUUCAUUCAUGUGGCAGUUUCAGAUUCGGCAACACUACCACUUACCCACAACGUGGAUCUACAGUGGCUGGUGGAAUGGAAUGCCGUCCUGGUGAACAGCCACUACGACGUGAAGAGCCCUUCCCACGUCUGGAUCUUCGCACAGUCUGUCAAAGACCCCUGGGUCCUCUGCCUCUUCAGCUUCCUGCGCCAGGAGAACUUGCCCAAACACUGCCCCACGGCCCUCAGCUAUGCCUGGCCUUACGCCUUCACCCGGCUGCAGUCCGUGAUGCCGCUGGUGGACCCAAACAGCCCAAUCAAUGCCAAGAAAACCAGCACCGCGGGCAGCGGAGACAACUACGUUACCUUGUGGAGAAAUUACCUCAUUCUCUGUUUUGGAGUUGCCAAACCCAGUAUUAUGAGCCCAGGACACUUACGAGCGUCCACUCCAGAGAUCAUGGCCACGACCCCCGAUGGUACAGUGAGCUACGAUAACAAGGCCAUCGGCACACCGUCAGUGGGUGUCCUGCUGAAGCAAUUGGUGCCUUUGAUGAGGCUGGAGAGCAUCGAGAUCACAGAGUCGCUUGUUCUAGGAUUUGGAAGAACAAAUUCCCUUGUUUUCAGAGAACUGGUCGAAGAACUCCAUCCGUUAAUGAAGGAGGCUCUGGAGAGGAGGCCAGAGAACAAGAAACGCCGAGAACGGAGAGACCUGCUGAGGCUGCAGCUGCUGCGGAUAUUCGAACUUCUGGCAGACGCUGGGGUGAUAAGUGACAGCACCAACGGAGCCCUGGAGCGGGACACCUUGGCCCUCGGAGCGCUGUUCUUGGAGUACGUGGACUUGACCCGCAUGCUCUUAGAAGCUGAAAAUGACAAAGAAGUUGAAAUUCUUAAAGACAUCCGAGCGCAUUUUAGCGCCAUGGUUGCCAACUUGAUUCAAUGUGUCCCAGUUCACCACAGGAGAUUUCUCUUCCCCCAGCAAAGCCUGAGGCACCACCUCUUCAUCUUGUUCAGCCAGUGGGCGGGCCCCUUCAGCAUCAUGUUUACACCUCUGGAUCGGUACAGUGACAGAAACCACCAGAUCACGAGAUACCAGUACUGUGCCUUAAAGGCCAUGUCAGCAGUGCUAUGCUGUGGCCCUGUUUUUGACAAUGUCGGCCUCUCUCCGGAUGGCUAUCUGUAUAAGUGGCUCGACAAUAUUCUGGCCUGUCAGGAUUUACGAGUUCAUCAGCUUGGCUGUGAAGUUGUCAUCUUGCUACUGGAACUUAAUCCUGACCAAAUAAACCUUUUCAACUGGGCCAUCGACCGAUGCUACACAGGUUCCUACCAGCUUGCGUCCGGCUGCUUCAAAGCCAUAGCGACCGUGUGUGGAAACAGGAACUAUCCCUUUGACAUAGUGACCCUGCUGAACCUUGUUCUCUUCAAGGCCUCUGACACCAACAGAGAGAUUUACGAAGUCUCCAUGCAGCUCAUGCAGAUCCUUGAAGCAAAGCUGUUUGUGCACUCCAAGAAAGUGGCCGAGCAAAGACCUGGCAGCAUUCUGUACGGAACGCAUGGGCCACUGCCUCCUCUCUACAGCGUGUCUCUAGCCCUUCUGUCCCGUGAACUGGCCCGGAUGUACCCGGAGCUCACUCUUCCCCUCUUCUCAGAGGUGAGCCAGAGAUUCCCCACGACACACCCAAAUGGACGACAGAUCAUGCUCACCUACCUGCUGCCAUGGCUACACAACAUUGAACUGGUGGACAGCCGACUCCUACUCCCAGGGUCAAGUCCCAGCAGCCCUGAGGACGAGAUCAAGGACCGGGAAGGAGAAGUAACCACCUCUCAUGGGCUAAAAGGGAAUGGCUGGGGCUCUCCAGAGGCCACAUCACUGGUCCUGAAUAACCUCAUGUACAUGACAGCCAAGUAUGGCGAUGAAGUCCCAGGACCAGAAAUGGAAAAUGCUUGGAAUGCACUGGCCAACAAUGAGAAAUGGAGUAACAACCUGAGAAUCACGCUCCAGUUCCUCAUCAGUCUGUGCGGGGUCAGCAGCGACACCGUCCUCCUGCCCUAUAUCAAAAAGGUGGCAAUAUACUUGUGCCGGAACAACACCAUCCAGACAAUGGAAGAACUUCUCUUUGAGCUGCAGCAGACGGAGCCAGUGAACCCCAUCGUCCAGCACUGUGACAAUCCACCUUUCUAUCGAUUCACAGCCAGCAGCAAGGCCUCAGCCGCUGCUUCAGGAACCACCUCCAGCAGUAACACCGUAGUCGCGGGUCAAGACAGUUUCCCAGACCCCGAGGAGAGCAAGAUCCUGAAAGAGUCUGAUGACAGGUUUAGCAAUGUGAUCCGAGCCCACACUCGCCUGGAGUCAAGAUACAGCAACAGCUCUGGAGGGUCCUAUGAUGAAGAUAAAAAUGAUCCAAUCUCUCCCUACACGAGCUGGCUGUUAACUAUUACGGAGGCCAAGCAGCCACAGCCCUUACCCAUGCCAUGCACUGGAGGAUGCUGGGCCCCCUUGGUCGACUACCUCCCAGAGACCAUCACUCCACGCGGGCCACUGCACAGGUGCAAUAUUGCAGUGAUCUUUAUGACUGAGAUGGUGGUGGACCACAGUGUGAGAGAAGAUUGGGCUCUUCAUCUUCCACUGUUACUUCACGCCGUCUUCUUAGGUUUGGACCAUUAUCGGCCUGAAGUCUUCGAGCACAGCAAAAAGCUGCUCCUUCACCUCCUCAUCGCCCUCUCUUGUAACAGCAACUUUCACGCCGUUGCCUCUGUGCUCCUGCAGACCCGGGAGAUGGGGGAAGCCAAGACACUGACCAUGCAGCCAGCCUACCAGCCCGAAUAUCUCUACACAGGUGGCUUUGACUUCCUGAGAGAGGACCAGUCGUCCCCAGUGCCAGACUCCGGCCUGAGCUCCAGUUCCACGUCCUCCAGCAUCAGUCUAGGCGGUAGCAGCGGGAACCUCCCGCAGAUGACCCAGGAGGUAGAAGAUGUGGACACAGCCGCAGAAACAGACGAGAAGGCCAACAAGCUCAUUGAGUUUCUGACCACCAGGGCAUUCGGUCCACUUUGGUGCCACGAAGAUAUCACACCCAAAAACCAGAACUCGAAGAGCGCGGAGCAGCUUUCUAAUUUCCUACGUCAUGUUGUAUCCGUAUUUAAAGACUCCAAAUCAGGCUUCCAUCUGGAGCAGCAUCUGAGUGAGGUCGCCCUGCAGACAGCCCUCGCGAGCUCGUCCCGGCACUACGCAGGCCGAUCCUUCCAGAUCUUCCGGGCCCUCAAGCAACCCCUGUCAGCGCAUGCGUUGUCUGACCUCCUGUCGAGAUUGGUGGAGGUGAUCGGGGAGCACGGUGAUGAGAUCCAGGGUUAUGUGAUGGAAGCGCUCCUGACCUUGGAAGCCGCCGUAGACAACUUGUCCGACUGCCUGAAGAACAGUGACCUCUUCACAGUGUUAUCUCGUUCUUCGUCACCAGAUCUGAACUCCAGCAGCAAACUGACGGCGAGCAGGAAGAGCACUGGUCAGCUGAACGUCAACCCCGGGACUCCCAGUGGCAAUACCACAACUGCAGAGCGGAGCCGGCACCAAAGGAGCUUCUCGGUGCCCAAGAAGUUUGGUGUGGUUGACCGAUCCUCCGACCCGCCUCGAAGCGCCACGCUGGACAGAAUCCAAGCUUGUACCCAACAAGGUCUUUCCUCAAAAACCAGAAGCAAUUCCUCCCUGAAGGACAGUCUCACAGACCCGUCCCACGUGAACCAUCCCACCAACCUGCUGGCCACCAUCUUCUGGGUCACGGUGGCCCUGAUGGAGUCCGACUUUGAGUUUGAAUACCUCAUGGCCUUGAGGCUCUUGAGCCGACUGCUGGCCCAUAUGCCGCUGGAUAAAGCCGAGAACCGAGAAAAGCUGGAGAAACUCCAAGGGCAGCUCCAGUGGGCCGACUUCUCGGGCUUACAGCAGCUGCUCCUGAAGGGCUUCACCUCUCUCACCACCACAGACCUGACCCUGCAGCUUUUCAGCUUGCUGACGCCAGUGUCCAAAGUGCCCAUGGUGGACUCAUCCCAAGCCAUCGGAUUUCCGCUGAAUGUCUUGUGUCUCCUGCCCCAACUGAUCCAGCAUUUUGAAAAUCCCAAUCAGUUCUGUAAGGAUAUAGCUGAAAGGAUUGCUCAGGUUUGCUUGGAAGAAAAAAAUCCUAAGCUUUCGAAUCUGGCUCACGUUAUGACCCUUUAUAAAACGCACAGCUACACAAGAGACUGUGCCACAUGGGUCAAUGUGGUCUGUCGCUACCUUCAUGAGGCCUACGCUGACAUCACCUUGAACAUGGUCACCUACCUGGCAGAGUUGCUGGAGAAAGGGCUCCCCAGCAUGCAGCAGCCGCUCCUCCAGGUCAUCUACAGUCUGCUCAGUUACAUGGACCUUUCCGUUGUUCCUGUCAAGCAGUUCAACGUGGAAGUCCUGAAGACCAUUGAAAAAUAUGUGCAGAGCAUUCACUGGAGGGAAGCGCUGAAUAUCUUGAAGCUGGUCGUUUCUCGAUCGGCCAGCCUGGUGCUGCCUUCGUACCAACACAGUGACCUCUCCAAGAUAGAACUCCACCGGGUGUGGACCAGUGCCUCCAAGGAGCUGCCGGGCAAGACUCUGGACUUCCACUUCGACAUCUCAGAGACGCCGAUCAUCGGGAGACGAUAUGACGAACUACAGAACUCUUCUGGACGGGAUGGGAAGCCGAGGGCAAUGGCCGUCACCCGGAGUGCGUCGUCCACCUCCUCAGGCUCUAACUCCAAUGUCCUUGUUCCUGUGAGCUGGAAAAGGCCCCAGUAUUCUCAGAAAAGAACAAAAGAGAAAUUGGUUCAUGUCCUUUCUCUGUGUGGCCAAGAAGUUGGACUAAGCAAAAACCCAUCUGUGAUUUUUUCCUCGUGCGGGGACCUGGAUCUGCCAGAGCACCAGACGAGCCUGGUGUCCUCUGAGGACGGCGCCCGGGAGCAGGAGAACAUGGACGACACCAACAGUGAGCAGCAGUUCCGAGUCUUCAGGGACUUCGAUUUCCUGGACGUGGAACUGGAGGACGGGGAGGGGGAGAGCAUGGACAACUUCAACUGGGGGGUGCGCAGACGUUCCCUGGACAGCCUGGACAAGUGUGACAUGCAGAUCCUGGAGGAGCGCCAGCUCUCGAGAAGUACUCCCAGCCUGAAUAAAAUGAACCAUGAGGAUUCAGAUGAGUCAUCGGAGGAGGAGGACCUCACAGCCAGCCAGAUCCUGGAACAUUCAGACCUUAUCAUGAACCUCUCCCCCUCCGAGGAGGCCAAUCCUAUCGAGCUGCUCACCACCGCCUGUGACGCCACCCCCGCCGACCCCCACUCCUUCAACCCCAGAAUGGCAACCUUCGAGGCUUCUUUGCCUGAUAUGAACAACCUGCAGAUUUCAGAGGGGUCAAAGGCGGAAGCUGUCCCCGAAGAGGAGGACACCACCGUGCACGAAGAUGAUCUUUCGAGUUCCAUCAAUGAGCUCCCAGCAGCCUUUGAAUGCAGUGACAGCUUCAGCCUGGAUAUGACGGAGGCAGAGGAGAAGGGCACCCGGGGCCUGGACCAGUACACUCUUGCAAGCUUUGGAGAAGGUGACAGGGGUGUGUCUCCCCCUCCCUCGCCCUUCUUCUCGGCCAUCCUGGCUGCCUUUCAGCCCGCCGCCUGUGACGACGCCGAGGAGGCCUGGCGCAGCCACAUUAACCAGCUCAUGUGUGACUCAGAUGGCUCCUGCGCUGUGUACACCUUUCAUGUGUUCUCCUCUCUGUUUAAGAAUAUUCAAAAGAGGUUCUGCUUCCUAACCUGCGAUGCAGCCAGUUACCUUGGAGAUAACCUUCGGGGAAUCGGGUCCAAAUUUGUCAGCUCUUCCCAGAUGCUCACUUCCUGCUCUGAAUGCCCUACGCUGUUUGUGGAUGCCGAGACUCUCCUUUCCUGUGGGCUCCUGGACAAGCUGAAGUUCAGCGUGCUGGAACUGCAGGAGUACCUGGACACCUAUAACAACAGAAAAGAGGCCACGCUCUCGUGGCUUGCCAACUGUAAGGCAACAUUCGCAGGCGGCUCGAGAGAUGGAGUGAUCACCUGCCAGCCCGGGGACUCGGAAGAAAAGCAGCUGGAGCUCUGCCAGAGGCUGUACAAGCUGCAUUUCCAGCUGCUGCUGCUCUACCAGUCCUACUGCAAGCUCAUCGGGCAGGUGCACGAAGUGAGCUCCGUACCAGAGCUGCUCAACAUGUCCAGAGAACUGAGUGACCUGAAGAGGAACCUGAAAGAGGCUACUGCGGCCAUCGCCACGGACCCGCUUUACAUCGAGGGGGCGUGGUCAGAGCCGACCUUCACCUCCACUGAGGCAGCCAUCCAGUCCAUGCUGGAGUGUCUAAAGAACAAUGAACUUGGCAAGGCCCUGCGACAGAUCAAGGAGUGCAGAAGCCUGUGGCCCAAUGACAUCUUUGGAAGCAGUUCUGACGACGAAGUCCAGACACUACUGAAUAUCUACUUCCGUCACCAGACUCUGGGACAAACGGGUACUUAUGCCUUGGUGGGUUCUAACCAGAGCCUGACUGAAAUCUGCACCAAGCUGAUGGAACUGAACAUGGAGAUCCGAGACAUGAUCCGCAGAGCCCAGAGCUACCGGGUCCUCACUGCCUUUCUCCCAGACUCCAGUGUCUCUGGCACUAGUCUCUGACAGGAGCCUCCCGUCCCCCAUGGUUCCCAGGCCCGUGCUGCCAUGCUGGGGCGACGUCAUUCAGUGUCUUCUCAGCCUUCGCAAGGCUUGGACAGAGUGUUCUCCCUCUUGUUACCUGUAGGACUCUUCCUAAAGAAGAUUACCCAGCUUCCAAUGUGUAGCAAUACUGUCCACACAGAGGCAGCCUAGGGCCUUCUGAGACAGACUCGACCCAUCACGCUGUGCGGCUGUCCGUCACUGGGCAGAUGCAACCCACUACUGAAGAAAUGACUUCCGUUGCAUUACCAAAGCUGACCGCGCUGAACGAUACUGUCCUUUCUGGAAAGAGUUUUAGAUUGGCAAAAGUGCAAUGUUUUUCUUCACAUGAAAAAAAAAUUUAUAUUCUAAGACUUGUACAUUCGUUCCCUUUCUCCUAGUUUUUUUUUUUUUUUUUUUGUGGGAUUUUGUUUGUUGUUUUUUUAGUGGGCUGGAAAGGGGGGCAGGCAGAAUGAAGCUGGCCACUGAAAACCUGUAAGACGGUCAAAAGCUGACAGCCUGUGUGCUUGAAAAAGGAAUUGUAAAUGGACUACAACUUAAUGUACACUGUAUCCAAACGAGGCUGCUAUGGAGUACCUUUCUUACGUUGCUAGGCUACUGUUUCUGAAAACCCUGGAUCUCUCUGCACCAGGAAUGAUCCAGAUGGAUUCUUUUAAAGGAUCUAGGCUGCUUUUUACAAGAAGGUUGCUUUAAUGAGCGUUAUUUAUACUACAGAAGAAUGAGUGUCCGUUUGAAUUCACUUUGCCGUUUUGUAGAAAAACAAAUUAUUCACAUGAAUCCCGAGUCCUUUCAUCCACCAUGCAUGCAUCUUUUAGUAGCCAUUUGGAUAGCCAGAAGUAGAGUCCUAAAGGGAAGAUAUGAGUUGCCACUUUAAGAAUAAUGUCAUAUUUUAUUUGUAAUAUAUGUGUAAAGGGCCAUUCUUAAAGUUUCUUCCUUAAAUCCAACGCUGUCAAGUGUUCGAUGUGGGCAUGUGAAUCUGUUGCGCAUCCAGAGCAUAUUCAGAGUUUACCUAUGUAACUUAUUCACUGUGUAAAUACAUUUAAAAUUUUUGUGAUGUAAUCUUGAUUGAUAAUUCUGUUCAGAAUUGCCUUUAGACUAAAAAAAAAAAAGACAAAAUACAUGUUGAUCAUGGAUUUUAUUUCUAGUUAAUUAAAAUAUUUGCCUUUGACACA